AUGGGGUCAUAUACUUAUGAACCUAAGAAGCUGGAUUUGGACUUGAAAAAUCAUCUGAGUCCACCAGCCAAGCCGUCUGUUGAAGAGCCACCUACUUUGGAGCAAAAAGAGUUGCCCGGUAGUUUAAGAUCAAGAGAAGAUAAUAUUCACGUUCCUAUAUGUACAUUUGCUUUUAAGAGGAUGUCUUUUGGGUUGUGUAAUGCUCCUAGAACUUUUCAGUGGUGCAUGAUGUCGAUAUUCUCUGAUAUGGGUGAAGACACCUUGGAGGUGUUUAUGGAUGAUUUCUCGAUUGUCGGGUUCUACCGCAGAUUCAUAAAAGACUUCUCAAUGAUUGAAAACCUACUUUGCAAACUUUUGGAGAAGGAGGCUAAGUUCAUUUUUGAUGAUGACUGCAAAAAGGCUUUUGAAUAUUUUAAUCUGAAACUAGUGGAGGCUCCAAUUAUUGUUGCUCCUGACGGGACGAAACCAUUCGAGAAUAUGUGUGCUGCCAGUGAAGUGGCACUUGGAUCUAUUCUUGGACAAAAAAAAAGAAUUUGUUCCAUCCGAUAUAUUAUGCAAGCAAGGUCUUGA